GUAUUGUGAUAAGAGUUCGCUUUUAUAGUUUUAUGAAGUUCAACUUUCAAAACUACGCAAAAUAUUGAAAAUAAACCACGAGGAAAAGUUAUGAAAGUUUGUUUUAUUGUGCUUCAGUUUUCAUAAAAUAUGUCAGUUCUAAUUCGUAAAGGUUUGCAAGUUCACGAUUUCUGUAAAUUAACCCUGAAUGUGGUGAAGAUUACUCAAGUCAAUUACACAAAGCUUGCUGAAGUUGGUCGGUUAGAUACUCCGAAGCUCCAAGGAAAGUAUGACACCGGUCAAUUAUUUCUUCAUCGAGUAUUUGGAUACAGAGGAGUGAUUUUAUUUCCAUGGCUUGCUCGUGUUUACGACAGAGAUAUACCAAAUAAAAUAAGCAGUGAUGAAGAUACCGUCGUAAAGGAAGUCAAAGGGAAAAUUCAUACGUUUUAUCAAGGCUUGAUCGAUUCGAGGGAUUGUCCGUUUAUUAGAGCCCAAACCGAAGCAGUCACAUUUUUAGGAACUCAAGACAGUAAUCGCAGUUUGUAUGCUAUACCUGGAUUAGAUUAUGUAGCGCAUGAAGAUAUUUUACCUUAUACUACCACCGAAAAACACCCAUUACAGCAUGAAUUAUUCGAUAAAUUUUUAAUGUAUUAUCCAGAAAAAGAUCCACCAUUUGGCGCUCAGGAAACUCUCAGAGCAUGGCAAAAGAAAAACCAUCCUUGGUUAGAAUUAUCAGACGUACACAAGGAGACUACUGAAAAUGUUCGAAUUACCGUCAUACCAUUUUACAUGGGUUGUCGCGAGUCUCAAAACUCAUCUACAUAUUGGUGGCGAUAUUGCAUCCGUUUGGAAAACUUAGGAGAUCUAGCGGUACAGCUUAGAGAAAGGCAUUGGCGUAUAUUCAGCCUUUCCGGUACCUUGGAAACAGUACGAGGUCGAGGAGUCGUCGGUCAGGAACCAGUUUUAUCGAAAACUCUGCCAGCAUUUCAAUACAGUAGUCAUGUCAGUUUACAAGCACCGAGUGGGCAUAUGUGGGGAACCUUUAGAAUGGAGAGGGAAGAUGGAUACACAUUUGACUGCAGAAUUCCUCCGUUUUCGUUGGAGAGUAAAACCGACGACAGUUCCCAACCUCCUACCGUGAAGUAGGUCUGGUAAAGAAAUUAAGUUGAAAAAAGGAUGCAAUAUUGAUUUUUCUCGCGAGUUUGCCCAGUAUGAUGUUAUAUGUAUAUUAGAACUUUUAAUUAAACUUACUUAGGUAUCCUUAAGAAAGUUUCAUUUAAGAGUUAAUUCUUAACGAACGUUGUUAUGCGCGAUGUAUUCUAUAAAUGUAUGAGAUUUUUUUACGCUACAUAUUGAAGUUUUUUUCUUUUUUAUAAAAUGUAUCUCAUUAAGUUAGAAGCAUUCAUGUGAUUUUUUAUUAUAAUUUUCUUUCUCUC